AUGGGCCUUUUGGUCUAGGUUGGGCUGGCCCGAUUCGUCGCGAGGUUGGUGGUUAGGUAGGUCUCUCGGCUCUCGCUCUCGCCGCUUCACCGGCCGUUCUUCUCUCCGAUGCUCGCGCCGUCGGCCGGCGGCGCCUCCCGCCAUGUCCGGGAGCUCCUGCGGCGGUGCGGCUCCGUCCAGGGUCUCAACCAGCUCCACGCCCAUCUCGUCGUCCACGGCUCGUUCCCCGUGGACGCCGUCGUCGCCUCCUACUGCGCGCUCCCGGGUGGUUUGUGCUACGCCCGCAGCCUGUUCGACAGAAUGCCCGACCCGGACAGGUUCACGUACAACCACCUUAUCAGAGCCUACUGCAGCAGCGACGGCGAUCGUCCCCGAGAAGCGCUGCGUCUUCACCGUGGCAUGAUCGGGCGAGGCGUCCUGCCCAACGAGUUCACGCUGCCGUUCGUCCUCAAAGCUUGUGCGAGGACGCAGGCGUGGGAGCACGUGGUGGCCACGCAUGGAGUGGUUGUUAAGCUGGGAUUUCUGAGGCAGGUGUUUGUGGGGAAUGCUCUUCUGCAUUCUUAUGCAUCGGCAGGGUUAUUGUGGGAUUCUCGGCAGUUCUUUGAUGAGAUGGCUGACAGGAAUGUGGUGUCUUGGAACUCGAUGAUCAAUGGAUAUGCGCAGGCCGGAAAGGCUAGGGAGGCGUGCUCCUUGUUCGCCGGGAUGAGACGUCAGGGGCUCUUGGCUGAUGAGUUCACGCUGGUCAGCCUGCUUUUGGCCUGCUCAGUAGAGGAAAAUCUUGCAUUUGGUAGGCUCGUGCAUUGCCAUUUGCUGGUUAGUGGGUGCCCUGUCGAUCUGAUUCUUUCCAAUGCUUUGGUGGACAUGUACGGUAAGUGUGGGGAUUUGUCGAUGGCUGGUACAUGCUUUGACAUGAUGCCCUUGAAGAAUUCUGUUUCAUGGACAUCUAUGCUUUGUGCUCUGGCCAAACAUGGGUCAGUUUAUGCCGCAAGAGAUUGGUUUGAGCAGAUGCCAGAGAAGAGCGUAGUAUCUUGGAAUGCCAUGAUCUCUUGCUAUGUUCAAGGUGGCCGAUGCCGUGAAGCAUUGGACCUUUAUAACCGUAUGAAAUUGCUAGGCCUCACUCCAGAUGAGUAUACCUUGGCGGCUGUCCUCUCUGCUUGUGGACAACAUGGCGAUUUGGCUUCUGGAAAGAUGAUACAUGACUAUAUCAGAGACAGCUUCAAUAAUCCAGGUGUUGCUCUAUUUAACUCACUACUUGACAUGUAUGCAAGGUGUGGUCAGGUAGACACAGCCAUAAGCUUGUUCAGCGACAUGCCUAGUAAAAAUGUUAUAUCAUGGAAUACGAUUAUUGGGGCGCUAGCCAUGCAUGGACGUGCCCAGGACGCACUCAUGUUCUUCAGAUCUAUGGUAUCUGAUGCCUUCUCCCCUGAUGAGAUAACCUUUGUUGCUCUUCUUUCUGCAUGUAACCAUGGGGGCCUACUGGAAGCUGGGCAAUAUUACUUUCAAGCUAUGAGUCAUGUUUACAAUGUUAGGCCUGGUGUUGAGCAUUAUGCCUGCAUGGUUGAUCUGCUUGGCCGUGGUGGUCAGCUAGCAAAAGCUGUUGAGCUAAUCAAAGAUAUGCCAACGAGGCCUGAUGUUGUGGUUUGGGGUGCAUUACUAGGGGCCUGCAGGAUCCAUGGACAUAUACAGAUCGGCAGGCAAGUGAUCAAACAAUUACUUGAGCUGGAGGGAAUGAGUGGAGGCUUGUUUGUCCUAAUUUCGAACUUGCUAUAUGAAACUCACCAGUGGGAAGACAUGACUAGGCUCAGGAAGCUAAUGAGAGAUUGGGGAACUAAAAAGAAUAUGGGUAUUAGUUCGAUUGACACAAAUGACAACAUUCAUGAAUUUGGAGUUGAAGAUAGUCGGCAUGAGAGCUUAAACGAGGUUUAUGCAGCGUUUGAUCAGUUGCCACAUCAUUUGGUCUAACUGCAUGACUGUGCCACCAGAACUAAAAUGUGGAACAGUGAAAAUAUAUUCUAAAGACCUUCUAGAAUCAAUCAGAACCUUAUGAUAUAGAUUAUGAUACCAAUUAAGAUAGGUGCUUUGAAUGAGCUGCAUCUUCACAGGCAAACAUACACCAUCAAGCAGCUUGAUUGCUGAAACCUGAAGUUUCAGGUGUUCUGCAGAUAUCAUGGCUUCAUGGUUCACUCUACUCAACCAUCAUCAGUACAGAUAGUUAGGUGAGUAGUAUCACACCUGCAACCCUCAGUUGUGCGUUGCCUUCGCUGUGAUGUCUCAACAAUAUUGUGGUUUGUGCGAAACUCAAGCUUGGAAACAGUGGAUUUCAUCAGAUUGGAUGAGGUCAUAAUCAUGCGUACAUUGAUCGGCAUUGUUGCAGAGAGAGUACAUCAGUUAACCGGGGCCCCUUCACUUCACCGCUUGCCGGUUGAAAGUGCAAUAAAAGAGUACCCCAUGUGUUGUGCUUUCGCAGUUAAGCGCCGAAUCAACAUGAGUUGCCACUGGUGCCACACACCGGCAUUAUUGUUCAUUGACCUCGACUGUGCCCAGUGUCCACGUCUCGACAGCAGAUCUUAGUUCACAGGCAUGUGGCCAGUUACUUGUUUAUUUGGCUGUUGCAUAUUGCACGGGGAUUAGA